CCAGCAGACAGUGAGCUGCAGCUCACAGGGACUUAACAAAAACCUCUCAUCAGACACUUCACCCGGAGAAAAAACACUUCUUCAAACUCAUACAGAGAUAUAGGAUAAUUUAUGACCUUAUUUUUCUGCCACUAUAAAAAAAAAAAAGAGGGGGUUUUGGAGAAGGGGUGGCGCAUGUGAGCUGGAGAUCCUAUUACAGAGAUCCAGACUUUUUCAUGGCAAGUUUUUUUGGAAGUUGGGGGAGGGAAGAAGAAUCUGCAACUUUCCUAUCCAGCUUAAACGACACAAAUGGAUACUUUAUUACCGCUCUAAGAUCACCAUCCGCGUUUUCAACGCUUGAGGACAUUUUGCGCGGCGGUUAGAUUUUGGAUAAUGAAGGAAUUCGUGAAAACCCUAAAGGGAUCGGAUGAGAAGUGCAGAAUGAAAAAGUUUGGAAGGACUUCGGGAAAACUUUAAAUUGAAUCUCUCUCCCCCCCCCUCCCCUCCCAAGAUGUCUUCCAAGAGUUGGAGCCCCAUUGUUGGAUUUUACGGGAUGCUUUGCGUCUGGGCUGCCUGGCUUUCUGGCUGCGGGGCAGUGCUGUCUCCAAAUGGGACGAUAUUUGAGGAUACCUGCAAGAAAACCACAACUUGCGAGGUGCUUAAAUACAACACAUGUUUGGGAUCGCCUUUACCAUACACUCACACUUCUCUGAUCCUGGCGGAGGACUCCAGCACCCAAGAAGAGGCUUUUGAGAAGUUGACCAUGUGGUCCGGUUUGCGGAACGCCCCUCGCUGUUGGUCGGUCAUCCAGCCUCUGCUCUGCGCCGUCUACAUGCCCAAAUGCGAAAACGGCCGAGUUGAACUGCCCAGCCAGAGCCUCUGUCUGACUACACGUGGUCCAUGUAGCAUCGUGGAUCGGGAGCGAGGCUGGCCCAGCUUUCUCAAAUGUGACAAAUUCCCUGUGGGCUGUUCGAAUGAGGUGCAAAAGCUGAAGUUCAACACAUCGGGCCAGUGUGAAGCUCCUCUGGUGAAGACGGACAUUCAGUCGAGCUGGUACAAGGACGUGGAGGGCUGUGGUAUCCAGUGUGACAAUCCUCUGUUCACUGAAGAGGAGCACAAUGACAUGCACGCCUAUAUCGCUUACUUUGGCACCAUCACCCUCCUCUGCACUUUCUUUACCCUGGCCACAUUUCUUGCAGACUGGAAAAACUCUAACCGCUACCCAGCUGUCAUUCUCUUCUACAUCAACGCCUGUUUCUUUGUGGGCAGCAUCGGCUGGCUGGCCCAAUUUCUGGAUGGCGCACGUGAAGAGAUUGUAUGCAAGAGCGACAACACGAUGCGACUCGGGGAGCCCUCGUCUUCGGAAACGCUGUCAUGCGUCACCAUCUUCAUCAUCGUCUACUACUCCCUGAUGUCGGGUGUGAUUUGGUUUGUCAUGCUGACAUAUGCCUGGCACACAUCCUUCAAAGCUCUGGGCACUACUCACCAGCCACUGUCUGGUAGAACCUCUUACUUCCAUAUGGUCACCUGGUCCAUCCCCUUUGUCCUCACUGUGGCCAUCCUAGCAAUCGCUGAGGUUGAUGGAGACUCUGUGAGCGGGAUCUGUUUUGUGGGCUACAAGAAUUACAGGUAUCGUGCUGGCUUUGUGCUGGCACCCAUUGGAGUGGUGCUUGUUGUUGGUGGCUACUUUCUCAUUCGAGGCGUUAUGACAUUAUUUUCCAUCAAAAGUAACCACCCCGGUCUCUUGAGUGAGAAAGCAGCGAGCAAAAUCAAUGAGACAAUGCUGCGACUUGGAAUAUUUGGAUUCCUUGCCUUUGGUUUUGUCUUUAUAACCUUUGGCUGCCACUUUUAUGACUUCUUCAACCAAGCUGAGUGGGAAAGAAGCUUCAGGGACUAUGUGCUGUGUGAGGCCAACGUGACAAUCGCCUCUCAGACAAACAAGCCCAUCCCAGAAUGCACCAUUAAGAACCGCCCCAGUCUGAUGGUGGAGAAAAUUAACCUGUUUUCCAUGUUUGGGACGGGUAUCGCCAUGAGUACCUGGGUCUGGACCAAAGCCACCAUCCUCAUCUGGAAACGCACCUGGUGCAAGAUCAUUGGCCGUAGCGAUAAUGAACCGAAGAGGAUAAAGAAAAGCAAGAUGAUCGCCAAGGCAUUCGCGAUGAGGAAGGAGCUCCACAAAGAUCCAGAGAAAGAGCUGUCCUUCAGUAUGCACACCGUGUCCCACGAAGGACCAGUGGCCGGAAUCAAUUUUGACCUAAACGAGCCAUCAAAUGACAUGUCGUCGGCUUGGGCACAGCAUGUGACAAAGAUGGUGGCCAGACGAGGUGCCAUCCUCCCACAGGACAUUUCUGUUACUCCCACUGGUACACCAGUGCCCCCUCCAGAGGAGAGGAACCGCCUGUGGAUGGUGGAGGCCGAAAUUUCACCGGAAAUGAUAAAGAGGAAAAAGAAGAAGAAGAAGAGGAAGAAGGAGGUGCGUCCGGUCGAGGAGAUGGUGGACCACCAGGUUUAUCGCCAGCGCGAGUUUGGUCGCAGCUCAGUGCCCCGUCUGCCCAAACUGCCUCCUCAUCCAAGCCUGGUUGCCAAUCUGCGGGAACAGCAGAGACAACAACAGAAGAUUGAGGAGGAAGUUCUGCCUGGGUCUUACCCAGACUUCCAACCUUCACGCCGUCUGUCAUGCGAGGAGAAGUGUCCCUACCUGCAGUACCAGACCAGCCAGAAUGGCUAUGGCCACAGCAUGCUAUCUGACCCCCUGACCUUCAGAGAUCGUCCAGAGGAUCUGGGUCUUGGUCCGCGUUACCCUCCCUCCAAUUGGCAGCCUAGUGCGUCUUCACGCUACCCUGGAGAAAUGGAUAUCACUAAUGGAAUAUCAGAAAGAAUGGCCCACGUGGCUCGGGUACCAGCAGGCCGGAGGGCUGGUUACGGACCCAUCCACUCCAGGACCAAUUUAAUGGAGGCGGAGCUUAUGGAUGCUGACUCUGACUUCUAAAAUCAUAGCUGAAAUAGACUGUUUUAAGGUAUACGUACAUAGCAAGGUAAAAACAAAAAAAAAGUGCUGGAUACUUUCGCAAAUUCUUACUAAAGUGCAGCAAAAUCCCAAUGCCUGGACGUUAAGAUGGAACGAAGCUGGUCAUUUUUUUUUUCUUAAAAAAAACGCAAAGGGAUAAAAUAGAAUGAAAAGUGUUGUGUAUAAGAAAAUAUUUUUAUAUUUUAUUUGUGUCCAGUAAAAUUUUAAAAGCAACUCCAGGAUGAUAAGUCAAAUAAGGCAGCUAAAACCGUACAUGGCUUGAAACAAUACAGAAACCCAGAUGUCUUUAUCCUGAAGCACCGACUCAUUCAUCCGCCUGCAUCAGCUCCAACCUGCUGGUUACAACUUCAAGCUCUGUGUGUUACGGUGGGGCCCGACGCUCCUAUCGGUGCCAGUCAAGGAUGAAUUAACCAGGUUUACUUUUCCUGGGAUUAUCAAUGAAUGACUUCUUCUAGAAGACUAUUUUAAAAUGUCUUUUUUUUGUUGUUGCUAUAUUUAAUAUUUUUUAUUGACGUCUUAUCUCACGAGUAUUUCAUUACUCCUAGGGCAGCAGAAGCUGUAUAAUACUGUUUAACGCAAGUCUUCUCUUGUAUUAUAUUUUAAUGUUUUGCUCUCUCUUCAAGCUACUAUGUAUCUAUUAAUUGUUUGUUCUUAUGUACAGUUGAGGUACUAACCAUUACCCACAUGCCCCCUCACCCUAUAAAUACUAAUAAUAGCUAAAUGCUAUUCUAGUACACACUGGGACUAAAAUGAAAUUGGAUCCACACAUGAUAACUUAUAGCUUCUUUUACACUUCAUUUUCGAUGCCUUAAAUAGUAAAGCCUCUUUUUUUCUUUUAUUAAAUAAGCUACUGUAACUGUGUAGUUAUAUGUGCACACUCUGUUGCCUGGUGCAAUAAUUCUACACUUUCUGCUUUGAUUGGAGGAAAACUUACUUCACAGUUUUGCUGCAUUGGACUGAAAUUGUACAUUUCAACUUUUCCUCUACAUUUUUUUGCAGCUGAAUUUCUACUUUUUCUUAUUCUGUUGUAAAUAUUAAGUCAAAACUGCAUCCUCCUCGGUUCGGUUAAAAAAAUAAUAUUUUUUGGGAUAAUGCUCCACAGGGAGCUUAUUCAGAUCUGAAAAUAAAAAGUGCAGAAUUUUCCAUCUCUCUCUUUCUGUGUGUACUGUAUUAGCUGCUCAUAGAUUUCGCAAUCUGUUAUAUUUCCAGAUGUACAAAUCACUCGAUUCUUCUGCUUACAUGAUGUUGAACAAAAGGGAAGAGUCAACUGCUCUAUGAAAGAAAAAAAUCUGCCGCUGUACUCGUGCUGUAACCAAAAUAUCACCUACUAUCGUCACGUGUGUUUACGCUUACUGUGGAUAAAUGAUGCUGAAGUAAACUGUGUUAAAUCGCUACUUAGUCAACACAGACACAUUUUGUUACAUAGAAGUGUAUGAGAAUUAUUUAUGUUAUUAGUAGUUGCCACACUGCCACACUAUGAAUUCAAUAACAAAAAAAAAGCUGAUGUCCACCUAAAAAGUUUGUGUUAAAAAAAAAAUAGAAAUGAAGAUUACUUUUGAAAAGUAAUAAUUUCUGUUUUUUUGUAAGCUGUCUGAAGAUUAACUGUGGCGCUUUGUGUGUUUAGUCUCCAAACUGAGUAUAAGAAUACUGUCACUUUUACUGUGCAGCUGUAUUUUUUUGUUUGUUUUUAUAUGUAAAUAAAAUUUUAGUGAAAAGUGAAA